UAUCGUGAUCCUAGUCGCUUCCACGGUAUUAAAAGAAGCGUUCGGUCUAUUCUUAAUCCGUAGAGAACGUCAAAAUUAUAGCAUAUUUUCCAAUUGGUGGAGAAAACAUCGUACUAUAGGACGAAUAUUCACGCUGCUAAGUUUCGUGGAUAUAUACUCACUGGAAAUACUGUGUUCAAAAAUUGGAGGUAGUGAAAGUUUGAGUGCUCCUUUCUCGAAGAGCAUUAAAAAUUGGAUUUUUUGGAUUGGAUUUGUUGCGUUAUUGAAAAAGGAUCUCAGUCAAUUUGUUAUUCUGGUGAUAUAUUAUAACAAAGCACCACACAUCGACCUAUUACCGCUGCUUGCGUUAAUCUCUGCGACAGCAGUGGUAGUAUUUAAUGGAAUUUGGAGGAUUUAUCUGGUCAUAAUGUAUUUCUAUCGCAAAUUGUAUCCACGUGAUAGAGCUGCAGGAGAUGAAGAACCACCUAUCACCAUCUAUAAUAAUGAAAAUAAUUCUUGA